CGGCGCCUAGAGCGGCCCGCCGGUUGCCAUAGCGAUCACUUCCUCGUCCACGUCGAGGCCCGAUGGCGGCCUGGCAGGAACCGGCCCCGGCGGGCCCCGGCGGGGCGGACCUGGAGGAGGCGAGCCUCCUGGCCUGGCUCUUCCGCGGGGCGCCCUCGGCGCUGCCGGCGGCGGACGCGGCGGCGCUGCCGGCCUACCUGGCGGCGCUGUCGGGGCUGGGCCUGGAGGCGCUGCAGCGGGAGCCCGGGCGGCUGGCCGAGGAGCGCGCGCAGCUGGGGGCGCAGACGCGGGCCCUGGCCUUCGCCCACUACAAGACCUUCAUCCGCUCGGCCGAGUGCACGGCGGAGACGCGCCGGGGCUUCAGCGGCAUCGAGCAGGGCCUCGACCGCCUCCUGGGCCGCCUCCCGCCCUUCGCCGAGACCUGCCGGAACUUCAUGCGCGAUGCCGAGCAGAUCGCCCAGAGCCGCCGCAUGAACAACCUGACCCUGAACCGCCACACGGAGAUCCUGGAAGUCCUGGAGAUCCCCCAGCUGAUGGACACCUGUGUCCGGAACAGCUACUACGAGGAGGCCCUGGAGCUUGUGGCCUACGUCCGCCGCCUGGAGAAAAAACAUGCCACCAUUCCGGUCAUCCAGGGCAUAGUGGCAGAGGUGCGCCAGUCCACGCAGCUCAUGCUCACCCAGCUGAUCCAGCAGCUGCGCACCAACAUCCAGCUGCCAGCCUGCCUGCGCGCCAUCGGCUACUUGCGCUGCAUGGACGUCUUCACCGAGGCCGAGCUGCGCAUCACCUUUCUGCAGGCACGAGACCUCUGGCUGCGCUCCAUCCUGGCCGCCAUCCCCGAGGAAGACCCCUACGUGCACAUCACCAAGACCAUCGAGGCCUGUCGCGUGCACCUCUUCGACAUCAUCACGCAGUAUCGCGCCAUCUUUGCGGACGAGGAGCCGCUGGUGCCCCCGCCUGGGCAGGACGCCCUCAACGAAAGCGCCCUCUUCCACGGGUGGGUGCUGCAGAAGGUCUCGCAGUUCCUGCUCGUGCUGGAGCGCGACCUGCAGCGCGGCGUGGGCGGCCGCCUGGACUCCCUGCUGGGCCAGUGCAUGUACUUUGGCCUUUCCUUCAGCCGUGUGGGGGCGGACUUCCGGGGCCAGCUGGCCCCGCUCUUCCAGCGAGUGGCACUGCUCACCUUCAAGAAGGCCCUGCAGGAGGCGGUGGGCAAAUUCCAGGAGGAGAUGAACUCGUACACGCUGCUCUCCGCCCCGGCGGUCCUGGGCAGCACGAUCCCAGCGACUGUGUCCUCGGCCCAGCCGGGCACACUGCAGCCCCCCAUGGUGCUCCUGGACUUCCCGCCACUUGCCUGCUUCCUCAACAGCGUCCUGGCAGCCUUCAAUGACUUGCGCCUCUGCUGCCCUGUGGCUCUCGCGCCAGAGGUGGCCGCCGCCCUGGAGGAGGCACUUGUUCAGGUGACAAAGAUUAUCCUGGCCUUCCACCGAGCGGAGGCCUUGGCAUUCAGCAGCCGGGAACAGGAGCUGUUUGUUCACUUCUGCACAGCAUUUCUGGAAGAUCUGGUGCCCUACCUCAACCGCUGCCUCCCGCUCCUCUUCCCGGUCGCCCAAAUUGCACAGACUCUGGGUGUCCCCCCUGCUCAGCUCCACAAGUACGGGAGGCUUGGCGGUGUGGAUGAAGGCAUGAUCCAGGAACUCUUUGCCGCAGUCCUGCCUGAGAAAGAGGCCGGUUUCCCUGCGGCUGAGGAGAAGGAGCCGGCCCAGGAGAGCCCGACAGUUGAACUGGGCUUGGUGCUUCCUGAGCUGCAGCAGGAGGCAGCGCCCAGUGUCGCGCCCACUUCUGAGGCAGAGGAGAGCACCGACCGGCCGCCGCUCAGCACACCGCCAGGCGCAGACUAGCUCUCGGUGGACGCGGCUCUCCUGGAGCAGCUGCUCCUUGGCCAGCCGGCUGGCGGAGGAGGAGGAGGACUCGCGCGUGCUUGCUGCUGGCGUGGGCAGGAGCAGCUCUUGGCCCCUCGCGGCCCCACACCUGGCGCCCGCAAGGGCAGGGUGCAAGGGCUCCCUUGUUCUGGUGGGAAGAAGGGCAGCUGGGGAGGGACGGGGGCAAGGCAGCCCAGGGCCUAAAUAAACACACCUGUUUUGGCUUGGCUCUUUGUACUUCAUUGUUGUGAGCCGCCCCGAGGCUUCGGCGAAUGGGGCGGCAUAGAAAUGUUUUAAUAAAUAAAUAAAUAAA